AUGAAAGAUAUGCAUGAUAGUGAUUUUUCCUCAUCAGAUGAUGAAGACAAUAACCCUUUAUUAUUAUCGAAUCCAAAAAAGGUCAAUACAACUAUUGAUCGUCACUUAGAGAAUGAACUUGAAGAGGAAGAGUCAGAUAUAAACCAAGAAGAUGAUAAGGAGGAAAAGAGUUUAGAAAAAAAGGAAGAAAAUAAGAAAUCGACAACACCAGAAGACUUGAAAAAAGAGAAACUAAAUCGUUUAAAGAAAUUAAAAGCUACUAAGAAAUCUAAGCAUAAAACUGGUGUUGUUUAUUUUUCUAGAAUUCCACCCUAUAUGAAACCAGCAAAAAUGAGACAAAUCUUGAGUAGGUUUGGUGAAGUUGAUAGAUUGUUUUUGAAAAGAGAAGAAGAAAAAAAAUAUAAACAAAGAGUUCGUUCUGGCGGUAAUAAAAAGGUUAUGUAUGAGGAAGGUUGGGCAGAAUUUAUUCGUAAGAAGGAUGCCAAACUAUGUGCAAGUACAUUAAACGCCAAUAUCAUUGGUGGUAAAAAGGGGAGUUUCUACCAUGAUGAUAUAAUGAACGUGAAAUAUUUGCCCGGGUUUAAGUGGGCUGAUUUAACAGAGCAAAUUGCCAGAGAAAAUGAUGUUAGACAAGCCAAACUACAAUUAGAAAUAUCACAAGCUAAUAAACUUAAUAGUGAGUUUAUCAGAAACGUGGAGAAAAGCAAAAUGCUUUCUAAUAUUAGAGAAUCUAAGAAAAGGAAAGGACAAGAGGUAAAAGGUGUGUCGAAUAAUAGCAAUAACCAAGGUAUCAAACAACGUAAGAUUACUACAAAUAGGGCAAAUGCAUCGGAUGAUUUAAAAAAGAAACCAUCUCAAGAGUUGAAUAGUGUUUUAAAUAGUUUGUUUUAA